AUGAGUUUAAGAAAGACAAAGAACGUUCCAAAUAUAACAGAAAAUGUUACAUCAAAUAAUGAGAAGACUAAAGAUCCAGAUUUUGUGUGUCGGGAGUCGCCGCUGACAGUCCUUUUCGAGCAGUCUCUACACAUACAAGCCAUUUACCACAUAUUUGUUGUAAUACUCCUCAUACUGUUAAUCAAUAUUGGAGUAUCAUCGGUGGUAUAUGGCUUCGGCGAUAUCAGUCGGGGAGCAAAGCUAUGGUUGUUCCAAUUAGCCAUCGUCCUGAUCUUCUAUCCAGGGAUCACAUUCUACGCAGCUGUGCGAAAAAUAAUCAAAAAUAACACAGUGCUUUGCAAACUAUGGUCAAUAAUUGGAAUAACUGGUGUCGUGCUUCUGGAAUUGUUACUCAUCGGAGUACCUGUAUGGGACCUGGCUAAAGAACACCUGGCACUGGGUUCAUCAACAGUUGUCACCUGUGAAAUGUUUCGCUUUGCUAUGAAAAUGUGCUCUGUAGCUGUUGCAUUGGUUGAAAGGUGUAAUCAAGGAAUAAAACCACUACCUUCUUUUUCUCAUUAUGUUUACUUUUUAUUCGCACCAACGUUAAUCUACAAAGAUAUGUAUCCCAGAACAAAAAAAGUUAGAUGGGGUGUAGUUGUUGGUCAUCUCUUAGAAGUUGCGGCCAUAAUAUUUUACAAUAGUUUCCUAUGGGAACGGUUUAUAUUACCGUAUUGGUCUAAUUAUGGAAAGGAACCAACGGUGGAAGCUGGUUAUGUGGUCCGAGGUAUGUUCGCUUGUAUUCUGCCGGGAGUGAUAUCGUUCCUCUGUGGUUUUUACCUCCUCUUGCACGCCUGGCAUAACGCGUUUGCUGAAAUGCUCACAUUUGGAGACAGACUUUUUUACGAGGAUUGGUGGACCACCUCCCGCUUUUCAAACUACUAUCGUGCUUGGAAUCGUAUUGUGCAUGCAUGGUUGCGGAAUCAUAUCUACCAACCAUUGGCUCCCCGAGCCGGUCGCGCUUUAUCCACCUUCAUUGUCUUUUUUGUAUCGUCAAUUGCUCAUGAACUCAUACUUAUAUUGUCCUUCGGGUUUUUCUAUCCUGUGCUUGUAGUGGAAUUUGGUGUUUUCGGAGUCCUGAUGCUACCGCUGACUGCUAGUGGACGACGUUUCCCCAGGCUUUACAAUUUACUGAUGUGGCUGGUGCUUUUCAUAGGAAAUGGUCUUUUGUGGAGUUUAUAUGCCAUGGAAUAUUUCGCUAGAAAGAACUGCCCGAAAUUAGAAACUGACAAUUUCUUCGUUCCUAAGUCUUGGUCCUGUCCUGAAGUGGUUUUAAAGCCAAACUGGGCAUUUCAAAAUCCUUUCAACAUAAUUUAUUAA